AUGAGCGAGGAAGCCCCGAGCUGCGGCGCAGGGAACAGGCAGCCGCCUCCCUCCGUCCCCCGGGCGAGCGAGGGAGUCCUGGCGCGGGCCGGGGCCGCCACCCACCUGCUCUGGCCUCGGGAAGGGCCGCCGCCGGGGCUCGGCAAGUCCCUGCAGCAGCAGCAGCGCCAGCCCCAAACGGAGGGGGUCCGGGUGUCCGUGAACGUCCCGUCGGCGCAGAAGGAGACGCCGGUGCUCUUCGUGGUGCGGCAGAAGGAGGCCGUGGUGUCCUUCCAGGUGCCCCUCAUCCUCCGCGGCCUGUUCCAGAGGAAGUACCUGUACCAGGAUGUCGGCCGCACCCUGUGCCAACCUCAGACCAAGAACGAGUCUGAGCUGCAGUUCUUCUACGUGGACGUCUCCACGCUAUCCCCCACCAACGUCUCCUACCAGCUCCAGGUCACCCGCGUGGAGAACUUUGUGCUCAGGACGAACCAACACUUGGACUUCAAUGCCACUGCCGCCCAGCCACAGUAUUUCAAGUAUGAGUUUCCGGAGGAGGUGGACUCGGUGAUCGUGAAGGUGACCUCGGCCACGGCCUUCCCUUGCUCAGUCAUGUCCAUCCAAGACAUCCUGUGCCCCGUCUAUGACCUGGACAACAAUGUGGCCUUCAUCGGCAUGUACCAGACCAUGACCAAGAAGGCUGCCAUCACCGUCCAGAAGAAGGAUUUCCCGAGCCACAGUUUCUACGUGGUGGUGGUGGUGAAGACAGAAGACGAAGCUUGUGGGGGGGCGCUGCCUUACUACCCCUUUUCCAAAGAUGAGCCUGUCGAUCAAGGCAGCCGGCAGAAAGCCCUGAACGUGGUGGUGUCCCCAGCCGUCGCCUUGCAGGCCUACGUGAGUGGGACGCUCUUCUGCCUGGGCAUCUUCCUCUCCUUCUACGUGGUGACGCUGCUCAUCGCCUGCUGGGGGACCUGGAGCCAGCAGAGGAAGAGGACGGUGGGGCUUCUAGCCGCCAUGGAGACACCCGGGACCGACACCGCUCCUCUUCUUGGGCAUGCCGGUGUCACCCCAGACCCCUUCUUGGGACACCCACCGUACAAUGCCUACGGCUACGGUUCCUUUGACAACGGUUCCACAGUCAGCACGGAGAAUGUCUCUGACAGUCUGGUCUCCACGGAAGCAUCCUAUGGCUACACAGACCGCUCCCUGGAGAACCUCGCGGGGCGUCCACGGCUCGACUCCCUCAGCUCUGUGGAGGAGGACGAGUAUGACACCUUGGCCGACAUCGACUCGGACAAGAACGUCGUCCGCACCAAGCAAUACUUGUAUGUGGCGGACCUGGCGCGGAAAGACAAGCGGGUGCUGCGGAAGAAAUACCAGAUUUACUUUUGGAACAUCGCCACCAUCGCCGUGUUCUACGCUCUGCCCGUCAUCCAGCUUGUGAUCACGUACCAGACGGUGGUGAACGUCACCGGGAACCAGGACAUCUGCUACUACAACUUCCUGUGUGCCCACCCGCUGGGCAACCUCAGCGCCUUCAACAACAUCCUCAGCAAUCUGGGCUACAUCCUGCUGGGGCUGCUCUUCCUCCUCAUCAUCCUGCAGCGAGAGAUCAGCUACAACCGGGCCCUGAUGCGCAACGACAUGCAGGCACUGGAGUGUGGAAUCCCGAAGCACUUUGGCCUCUUCUACGCCAUGGGCACGGCUCUCAUGAUGGAGGGGCUCCUGAGCGCCUGCUACCACGUCUGCCCCAACUAUACCAACUUCCAGUUUGACACCUCUUUCAUGUACAUGAUUGCCGGGCUGUGCAUGUUGAAGCUCUACCAGAAGCGGCACCCCGAUAUCAACGCCAGCGCCUACAGCGCCUACGCCUGCCUGGCCAUCGUCAUCUUCUUCUCAGUCGUGGGGGUGGUCUUCGGCAAGGGCAACACGGCCUUCUGGAUUGUCUUUUCCAUCAUCCACAUAGUCUCCACAUUGCUGCUCAGCACCCAGCUGUACUACAUGGGCCGCUGGAGGCUGGAUUCCGGGAUCUUGCGCCGGAUCCUGCAUGUGGUUUACAUUGACUGCAUCCGGCAGUGCAGCGGGCCCCUGUAUGUGGAUCGGAUGGUGCUGCUGGUGAUGGGCAAUAUCAUCAACUGGUCACUGGCUGCCUACGGUCUCCUCGCCCGGCCCAACGACUUUGCCUCCUACCUGCUGGCCAUCGGCAUCUGCAACCUGCUGCUCUACUUUGCCUUCUACAUCAUCAUGAAGCUCCGGAGUGGCGAGCGCCUCAGGCUGAUCCCCCUGCUCUGCAUCGUCUGCACGUCCGUCGUGUGGGGCUUCGCCCUCUUUUUCUUCUUCCAGGGCUUGAGCACCUGGCAGAAAACGCCGGCAGAGUCCCGAGAACACAACCGGGACUGCAUCCUGCUCGGUUUCUUUGACGACCACGACAUCUGGCACUUCCUCUCGUCCAUCGCCAUGUUUGGCUCCUUCCUGGUCUUGCUGACCAUGGAUGAUGACCUGGAUUGCGUCCAGCGAGAUAAGAUCUACGUCUUCUAGGGGCUCCUGAGUUCCUGCCGGCCUCUCCAGGGCCAUGCAAAAGUGUCCUGCCUGGAGGGGGGGGUCUGCAAGGGGGACCCCUGCCCCCGCUAGCCAGGGGGCACAGAUUUUGAUGCCGUGGCAGGAUCCAUGGGCAGGAGGGCGUGUGGCGCCUGCCGGGGGGAAGGCUUCCCGGUUCCCGUCCCAGUGCCGGGGGUUGGUGGUCUGGCUGCCAAGCCGUCGGGCAGCUCCGAGUGUGUUUCUGCUGCGUAUCUGAGGCCUCUCUCGGGGGGGGGGGCUGGGCUUUGGUUUGUGGGAGUCCAAGGAUUGCAAGGAGCCUCCUUGGCCAUCAGCACCCGGAGGCCCAUCCCCACACUGCUCCUUCCUAGGAAGCUGGGCUGAGUGAUUGUGGACACCCACCCCCGGGUUGUGUAAAGGGGCUAGGGGUGUCCUGACCGGGUCGGGGUGAGCUGGGGCCUGUGAUUUGGGGAGGGGGUAGGCUGCAGCGGUGUCAGCCAAGCUCCAGGCCACCGUCCUCAUCCUCCUGCCAUUUGGACCCCCCCCACAUCAGUGCUGAGACUGUGUGGCAAGCUCUGCACACCUCCUCCGGACCCUUCAGGCCAGCCCAGGUGCACUCCCCAGGGCCACCGCGGCCCCGUUUUGGGAGGCAAGAUCUUUGGAUGCUGCCGUCAAGGGUUCCCUCCCUCCCUCCCUCGGAGGAGGGCUGCAGCUGAGCUCGCCUGCCAACAACAUCGCCUUGGGCGGAGAUGGGGGUGUUCCUCUUGGUUCCUGAAGCACACACACACACACACACACACACACACCCCGUACACGGGACUCUUUCCAGUGCCUACUUCCUGGGGCAGGGGCAGUCUGUCUACUUCUUCGUGUCUCUUCUUUGGCCGGGCAGCCAGUCCGGCCUUCAGCAGUCGCACAGCCACCCAACGGUUUAACAUCAUUGUGCCGCCUGCGCUUCCUCCUGGGGGUGGAGGCCAAGGC